AAUCUGAAGCAUAUGCUACGGCAAUUACAAAGACAAAUAGCUAGCUGUAAUCACCAAGAAAUGUCAUCUUGUUGCUCCAUCGAUUCUUGCAAUGAACUAACUUUCUCUAUAAAUAUAUGUUUGAAUUGUUGCCACGGAAAAACUCUGCUUAAAAUUCUACUGUAUAGCAGCUAUAUGGCCUGAGACUUCAGGGGACAUGAUCAAGACUAGACCCCCUUCUUUCAACCUUGUCUUCCUUUUCUUCUGCAUUGCUGCCUCCUCCUCCGCGGAUUUAACUCCGCCCGAUGCUCAAGGUUCUUGUUCCGCCUUAAACUUCACAAAAUUCCCUUACAAGCCAACCGGAGAAUGCAUAGGCGAUCAAAAGAAAGUCCAGAUUUUAGGCAGCAUCAGCACAACACUCUGCUGCCGAAAUGUUCUCAAUUUCCUGACAAAAACCUUAGCCUGGAAACUAUCCAACACAAGUUCCGAUUCUGUUUUUCUUCCACAAGAUCAAUGGAUAAACUGUAACGCCGCCUUUCCCCAAGAUCAAUCCCCCGUUUCGCCAUUUUUAUGUGGUUUCGAUUAUCUUUACACCGGUUACAGUGCUUGCUCCAGUUAUUCCCUGUCAUCAAUCAAAGAAGAUUCAUAUUACAAAAAAGCAGUAUCCACAUGCUCGAGUUUCAACUCUGCUCCGUAUAACGACGCAUGUUCAAAUUGCACCGCAGCAAUUUCGGCUGCUAUUGAUGGUUUAAUGUCAAAAUUAAAUGCAGAGAAUGGAAAGGCCAUAUGUACAGUAGCUAUGAUCAUUUCGAUUGCUGCGGAAAAUGUUGUCGAUCCGGUUUUUAUCGACGAUUUCUACAAUUGUUUGCCUGCCUUAGAUGAAUUCGAUGUGGGUUAUGACAAAAUCAAGCAUAGUACAUUGAAGGCAAUAUUUGCGACUUUUUUGGCAAUAGUUGCGUUGAUGCUAGUACUUAUUUUAGCCAUCUAUGUAACUAAAAGCAGAAGAAAAAGCAAGCGCCCGCCUAACCCUAUCCUUGUUCGUCCGAAAGAGAUCAAAUCAUGGUACGGUCUUUACAGAUUCUCCAAGGCGGAGAUCGAGAACGCAAUCAACUACGGCGAUGAGCGAAAAUACUUGGGAAGAGGAAGUGCUGGUCAGGUUUAUAAAGGAGUUCUGCCAAGCGGACAAGUAGUAGCUGUGAAGCAUAUACAUCAAAGUAGUACUUCUGAUUCUUUUCAACGCGAAGUUGAAGGGCUUUCGCGAGUUAGGCAUCCGAAUCUUGUGUGUCUUUUCGGUUAUUGUAGCGAAGGAGAUGAUCGGUAUCUUGUUUACGAGUAUUGUUCAGCUGGAAAUCUGGCUCAGCAUCUCCUCAGAAAGGAAAAUCUUCUGACAUGGGAAAGAAGAGUUCAAAUCCUGAGAGACUGCGCACUUGGACUCAGAUACCUCCACCAUUAUAUAGAUGGUUGCGUCGUUCAUAGAGAUAUUAAGCUUACAAACAUACUUUUGACUGAGAAUUUGGAUCCAAAACUGUCUGAUUUUGGAUUGGCAAAGAUGUUGGGUAUGGAAGAGAGCAAAGUAUUUACGGAUGUUAGAGGAACCAUUGGGUACAUGGACCCAGAAUAUAUGACCAAUGCCAAGCUAACAUGUGCAAGUGACAUCUAUAGUUUUGGCAUUGUCAUUCUCCAAAUCUUAUCAGGCCAAAAAGUCAUUGAUUUGGACCUUGAUGCCAGAGACCAGCUCACAAGAAAAGCAAAGGAUGUAAUAAUGAGAAAACGUCCUGUGACAGAUUUUGAAGAUCCAAGGCUUAAAGGACAAGUUAAUAGGGCUGAUUUUGAAGCAAUCUUGCAAAUCGCAGUAUUAUGUGUCGCUAAAUCAAGCAAAGGACGACCAACUAUGGAUGUUGUCUUUGAAGAGAUGGAGAAAGCCUGCAAAAAUACAAGUGCAUACAUGAAGAAAUUAAGGGGCGAAACCAACACAUCAGCAACGUCAAUAUCAAUGUCCAUGGAGGCAAUUCCAGUUUAAAUAAUAAAGGAAUUAAGUAGAAUUUAUUUGAUGAUUAAGCCUUCACAAAAUGAGAUCCAUAUUUCUAGCAUUAAUCCCUUUACUCUUUUUUAUUUUUUAGUUUUAUGAUAUUCUAUUAUGAAUUUUACAUGUAUGUUGUGUACAGUUUUGCUUUGAGUUUGUUGUGCUGCAAUUGUAAUUGGGCUUCAUUCAGGGACAGACAUAGACAUGUAAUUUUGAGGAGCCAACUUAUAGUGAGAUGUAAUGACAAAUUAAUUUCAAAAAUCAUAUUUAUCUUA